UCUGAACCAGACGACAUGCACACGCCUGUCUUUACUGAACACACUGCCAGCCUCUUUCAAUGCAGUGACCGAUAAGGGGGGCUUGACGGCCAGUUUAACUUUAUUGCUGUCGGAGCCUGAUUCUCAAUUCGAGCAUUUGCAGGAAACACUUUUCCAAGGCUCACACCGAAGCAGUACAGACCCCCCCCCCUUCUUCUUCUUCUUCUUCUUCUUCUUCUUCUUCUUCUUCUUCAAGCCCUGCCGGAAGUCGGCAGCUCUUCACCGCCACAAGGUCGGGCCCGGCGCUGUCUAGUCGUAAUCCGCUCGUCUAUGGUCGCAUCCAUCUUCGCGAAGCUGCGAUCGUUUCCGGGUGGAUCUGCCGCAAUCCGGUUGCCUGUGGUACUGGCCGGGGGAGGGGGGUUCCCAUAGAGAUCCCCGAAUCCGACCUCCGGAGCGAUUUCCCCGCUCUCCUCCAGCGGCUUGGACGGCGCUCGCAGGCUUUCGGGGUCCCGCCGGCCGGGGCGCAGAGGGAAAGCGGCCAUCGAUCCGCUCGAUCACCACCGGGCAGCGAGAGCGCCGAUCAUCUCCUCCCCCCCCCCAACCCGCAAACACACACCUUCCCAUACCACCCCUCAACUCACACACACACACACACGCCGGCUUUGCGUUGAAUACAUCCUGUAGACCCGUAGUACUGGAUUGUAAGACCGUUUUUCGUCAACAUCCACGGCACCGGCGCCAUCCCCAUCCCCCCCCCUCCACCCGAGGAUCCGUUCCGCCUCUCGCAGGGCCUGGACCCCGGGGGAGUCUCAGCGGGCUUCCCUGUCUCCGGAUCAAGGGUUUCGCGGCCCACAGCGGGAUGGGGGGGUUCGCCUGCAGUCAGUAGUUUCACGGCACCCCCGUCCCCCCUCUCCCCACUUUUCAAAACCUGAAACUCCAGACUGCGCGGGUUUCGCCACCGCCUCCGGAGGUGCUCGCCUCCCGCUCCGUCUCCUCACCGGGCUGAUUACCCUGGCGAUCCCUCUCCUCCUCCCUCUCCCCGCCGCCGCCGCCGUUCGCGUCCUGCAGCCUGGGUCCCCGCUCUGCCUGGCUCUCCGGGCUACGAUCCCUGCCUGCCGUGAGCUCUCCGGACACUGCGCCCAGACCUCCCCGGAGAAGGUACCCGGCGGGAGCCGCCCGCCCUGCUCAGACGGCCCCCUCUCGGCUCCGAUAACCGCCCGCUGUCCCUCGUUCGCAGCGGCUCCCCAGACCCCCUCGCCCCGGCUAGCCAUGCCUGGCCCCGCGGCGGGCAGCAAGUCUCGGGUGUACGCCGACGUGAACACUCUGAAGAGCCGGGAGUACUGGGACUACGAGGCACAUGUGCCCAGCUGGAGCAACCAGGACGAGUACCAGCUGGUGCGGAAGCUGGGCCGAGGGAAGUACAGUGAGGUGUUUGAGGCCAUCAAGAUCAGCAACAACGAGAAGGUGGUGGUGAAGAUCCUGAAGCCCGUCAAGAAGAAGAAGAUUAAGCGUGAGAUUAAGAUCUUGGAGAAUCUGCGGGGCGGAACCAACAUCAUCCGGCUGGUGGACACUGUGAAGGAUCCUGUGUCCCGAACACCAGCGCUGGUCUUUGAAUACAUCAAUAAUACAGACUUUAAGGAACUGUACCAGAAGUUGACCGAUUUUGACAUCCGUUACUACAUGUACGAGCUGCUGAAGGCUCUUGACUACUGUCACAGCAUGGGGAUCAUGCACCGGGACGUCAAGCCCCACAACGUGAUGAUUGACCACCAGAUGAGGAAGCUCCGCCUGAUAGACUGGGGGCUGGCAGAGUUUUACCACCCUGCGCAGGAGUACAACGUUCGGGUGGCAUCACGCUAUUUCAAGGGGCCUGAGCUGCUGGUGGAUUACCAGAUGUAUGACUACAGUCUGGACAUGUGGAGUCUCGGUUGCAUGCUAGCCAGCAUGAUCUUCCAGAAGGAGCCUUUCUUCCACGGCCAGGACAACUACGACCAGCUGGUCCGCAUUGCCAAGGUUCUGGGAACAGACGAGCUGUUUGGUUACCUGCGGAAGUACCACAUAGAGCUGGACCCACGCUUCAAGGAUCUGCUGGGCCAGCAGACGCGCAAGCGCUGGGAGCAGUUUGUCCAGUCGGAAAACCAGCACCUUGUGAGCCCAGAGGCCCUCGACUUGCUGGACAAGCUGCUGCGCUACGACCAUCAACAGAGGCUGACGGCCACAGAGGCCAUGGCUCACCCUUACUUCUACCCUGUGGUGAAGGAGCAGUCUCUGGCCAACAGUGACGGCAGCCUCGUGUCCAGCGGGUCCACUGCUGCCCGGUGAGACAGCAGGACCGGAUUUUGUUACCUCACUACUUUCCCUCCCUCCCCCCCGGUGGCAAGAAACCUCGCAAGUGUACAGCGGCAGGACGACCGGCGCUAAGCAACCGCAGACAGGAACCGGACGGCCUGUCCUUCAGCCUCCCGGGCCCGCCGGCCAGGCCAGGCCACGCUCGCCCGCGCCGCCGGCUCGCCGCGGCCACCGCGCCGCGAAACCACACCCGAAAGCUCCUCCGUCAGACACGGGACCCGGCCCACUGUCCCACCCUCCUGCCCUCCAGCUCCCCCCCUCCCCCAGAAAUACAAGCAUGGAGAAUGAAGUACAGAAAGAGAGGACUAGUGUGACCCCAUCCCCCUCCCUGUCGUUUCUUAUUAAAUAUUAUACCUGAAUUGCCCUGCGAAGGUCAGGUGACUCCAGAAUUGUAGUACUGAUUGAAGUGGCAUGGUGGACCUAAUUUUGCUCUAGGAUAAUAAUAAAUGAUUUUUAUUUAGAUUUA